GGUCUUUAUGAAGCUCUAGCCCAGUUGUGGCAGUUCAGGCACUUGCACGGUUCGGGCUGUGCACUAAAAGUACACGGAUGGACGGCCUGUGGCCUGCCCGCGCAGGUUUGGCUGCGCCGUGACCAAGCACAUGGGCUAGUGAAACUCUGGGCCUCGGUGUCUUCAUUUAUACAGCGGGGAGGUUGGACGGAGCACUCUUUAACGUGGCACUCUGUGUUUGAUGGCGGAUCAGACCGAUAAAGGAAGUUGGACAGUUAAGGGUCAGAUCUACCCAAUGGUGCGGAAAGCCGGGGAUUUUGCUAAAAGUGAAACGUGGGAAGAAUGUGCUCAAAGGGAAACCUGGGAAGAAGCAGCUCUUCGCUUGAAAAAUGUUCGCUUUGCCUCAGUCGUGAAUUCCUUUGAUGAGAAAGAAAAUUACCAUUAUGUGACAAUACUAAUGAAAGGGGAAGUGGACAUGACUUAUGAUUCAGAACCAAAGAACACAGAGCCUGAAAAAAAUGAAAGUUGGGAAUGGGUUCCCUGGGAAGAAUUUCCUCCACUGGCCCAGCUUUUCUGCGCACUGCGGUGUUUAAAGGAACAAGGCUACAAUCCAUUUAAAGAAGAUUUAGAUCACCUGGUAGCAUACAAAGGUCAUCAUCUCUAGGGGAAGAAGAAGAUAACCUGAUAUACUUUGAAAAAACAAAAUAAGGUUCUGUGAGAGAAUGAAAAAUACCUACAUUUCAGAACAACUCCAUCUUACGUAAAAAUUUCUAUAUGCUUGCCAGUUGAUUUGCCGCCUUUUAAUAUACCCACCACCCUUUCAGCCAGUACUUAUGAAAAAUUUGCUGGCAUGAUGUCAUCAAUUGCAUUUCAGACUCAGAAAAUGUGAUGAAUGGUGAUAUUGUGGCAAUUCUGCUUUCUGUAUUUUUCUGUGAUAUUUACUGUGCAGUUUGUCAUUACCAGCCUGCCUGGCAUGGAGGGCUAUAGAAUUUGCCCUAGUGUUUCUGUUCAAAUAAAGAUCCUAAUUCAGAUGCUAA